GCCUGGCCUUCGCGGGAGGAGGAGGCGCCGCUGUGUCGCGGAGGUCGGGAGUGGAGCGUUCUCGGUGGUGAAAUCUAUCAUGUGGGCUGCAUGUUGCAACUGGUUUUGCCUGAAUGGACAGCCUGAAGACAUGCCGCACUGCCCGCAGUCAGGAACCCGAGCAUACUCCAAUGCUGGCUACAGCUCCUUCCCAUCUCCCACAACUUCAGAGCAGAGUUGCAAAGCCUGCGGGGUGCCUUUCGGCAGCUCCUUCCUUAAGCGCGUCUGCCUGGAUUGCAAAAAGAACUUCUGCCCUUCCUGUUCGCACCAGCCCGAGAGUGGUCUCUGCCUCUGCCACCUCUGUGAGCGAUUCCGAGCUACAGCUUUUCAGCGGGAAGAACUCAUCAAAAUGAAAGUGAAGGACUUGCGAGAUUAUCUGGAACUCCGGGAGAUCUCCACGGAGAUGUGCCGUGAAAAAGAUGAGCUGGUGUGCUUGAUCAUCAGUCAGCAGCCCUUGGAUCCCCAAAGGGAGAGGGCACCCCGGGUUCCUCACCCAGCACCAGUUUCUGUUGCCCAGGAGGAGUGUACAAUGACGCCAGAUUCACGGGAUUAUUCUCCUGAGCAAAUUCCCACCAAUCCUGCCUUACAGACUGAGGAGCAUCCACAGGCAAACGGGCAUGUGCUGCCGAGCCAGGACGAUAUGGCAGAAGUUGAGAGUGCAGUGCAAAACCUGCCUGAGGAAGAGACGCAGUCCACUGAUUCAGAAGAUAACCUAGUUACGGGACGGAGGGCAUCGCUCUCUGACCUGACAAGCGUGAGAGAUAUUGAUGCCCUCUCGGUAAGGCAGUUGAAAGAGAUCCUGGCUCGCAACUUUGUUAACUACAAGGGCUGUUGUGAGAAAUGGGAGCUAAUGGAGAGAGUGACCCGCCUUUACAAAGAGAAGGACCUCCAGCAGCUGGUUUCAGAUACUGAUGAUCAAACUGCGCCAUCUGGUAAUGCCACCCUCCCCGGUUCUGAAGAAAAUCUCUGCAAAAUCUGCAUGGACUCCGUCAUUGACUGUGUCCUAUUGGAGUGUGGCCACAUGGUGACUUGCACGAAGUGUGGAAAACGUAUGAAUGAGUGUCCCAUCUGCCGGCAAUACGUGAUAAGAGCUGUCCACGUUUUCAGGACUUAAGCAGCACAGGAAGCAGGACUAAUGUUCUUCCAUUGUGACAGUGAGCACCAGUCCCAAAGCUACUCAGUCCCCAUUCUUAAGAAGUCCACAGAGGAUAGGUGAGAUGAAGGAUGGAGGGCUGCGAAGACUUGAGCUGUGAUUGGCUGCCUACCCUGACUAAUACUGUGCAUUAUACCACAGUGCCUGGAGAGCUGGACAUCCUCAGUAGAUCUAGAAAGCAACAUGCCUUUUCUUUCUUUGUCUGCUUUCGACGGGGCAUAAAGGAACUCUUGAUGUUUCCAAGACAUUGAGGCUCUUACCCUCUGGAGUAAAUAAACAAGGCGAUCUAAAGAGGAAGAGAGAUUUGCUUCUCUCAAUUCUCCUUUCUCUUUGACUAAAUCCUUGAAGGGGAGAGUAUAUAUUCCUCUCUCUUUUUUUUUGAUAUGUAUUUUUUUUUUAAAGAAAAAACUUUUUAUUAGCUAGCCUUGCGGGUCAGGCUGAAAGUUGUCUCUUCUAUUGCCUUGGAUUCUUGUAUAGAGUAAACCUGUGUCCUACCGCAGUGGCCAUGAUGACCUGAUGAAGGGGGGCUGCGGGUGAGGAGAGGAUUUACAAUGAUGGAGAUGAAAUUUUACCAGAUUUGUAGCGAAUGAGUAUCUCAGGGAUACUUUCUAUGUUUCUGUUUGUUUAUAAUUUUGUCAUGAUCAAAAUGUGGUGGCCUUUAAGACAAUUAAGUUGCAUUAUAAUUGAUUUGUUUUGUAUUAUCAUUAGGGAAAACUCGUACAUUUGUUCUGGAUUUUGCUUAUGGAAUUAGCAUUUGGGACAAUAAGGAGGAACCAGUUGUAUUUUUAAAGGCCACUGCCAGAUCAUAAAUUACAUUACCUAAAAUUCAUUAGGGCCUAUCCUUGACAAAGGAUCCACUUUAUUUCACUCUUUCGUUAGCAUUUGUUGCCUUUCUGCUAUAGUAUUUCAUACUGAGAUGAGUCCAGAUUGCUUUCUGUAGAAGUUCAACUACUUGAUUUUUUGAAGUACGUAUUUUGCCUUUAAAUGCCAAGCGUUGGCAUUUCAUUUGCUUUUGUUGUAAAAAAAAAAACUUCGGUUCUUUAUAAUAACUCUUCAGUGAAGUGCGGAAGUGAAGAAAUUGGAUACAUGGGGUCAGAAUGGGUCUUUUCAUUAGUAAAGGAAGGCUGCUGAAGAUGGUCUUUUGCCAUGUUCUUCUCAAACCAUUUUUUGAGUGACUACGCAAAUGUGUUAGCUAUCGGACUGCAGUCCAUGAAUCCCCAUGAAUCUUGGACUGAAUCCUACUUUUACAACUGACAAGAGAGGACUGUUUUAGGAAGAACCAUGGAAAAAAGGUAAUCAGUAAUUCUAAAAAAAUGGUUUGGAAGAAAUCCAGAACCAUUUAGUUGUUUACAUACUAUCUUCUUCCAAGGGCAUUUCAAAAAGAGUUUUUCUCUCCAUGUUGUAUAAAAGCCUUAAGAAACGUGACACUUUCAUAUCAGCUGCUUCCUUCACUGUUGUGUCUUAAUUCCCAGUCAGCCCAAGUGCUUUCUUAAAUUUUGGCUGUUUCCCAAAUUGUUAAAUGCCUUGCAAGUUGAAGAUGCCUUAGUUUGCCUUAAGCCAAUAGUACACAAUCUGUGAUCCGUAUCUUCCAGAUGUUUUGUGCUGCAGUUCUUUUUAGCCUUAGCAGCAAGGGAAUUGCAUUUCAGAACAUAGGAAGAACACUAUCCCUGCCUUAAGUCCUGAGGUGUGUGUAAAAUAAGAGUAACAGGCAAUUUGUUUAUAGGUUGCAUCGACAGGUAGAUAAUUUUUAUUGUGGAAAGGUUGCAUCACAAAUCUUUCCUCCUCCUAUUGAAUUUCACAGGUGUUCAAAAGAAAGGGUUUUUUGUUUUUUUAGAAAUCAGUUUGCACAUGCAGUAUAUAUUACCUUUUCCUUCAUUAUGGUUUCCAAAGAUUUAGCUUCAAAAUUGCACUAUUGGGCCUGGCAAUAUCCCAAAUGCCUGGCACAUUAUCCUUGGUCCUUGUUUAACUUCUGUCUCCUGCUUUUUUGUAAAUGCUUUUGAUAACAAUUUGAGAGAUAUAAUCCCUACAUGUAUAUCUGUAACCUCUUCAAUCAAUAUCAGUUUGUGAAUAGUAAAAAAAGCUUUUUUGGGGGGUGGGGUGGAGGCUUCGAUGCAUUUCUAAACAACAUGGAUUGGCUGUGUAUAAAGCCAAUAUGGGAAACAAUUUGUAACCCAUUUCUUUGGGAUGGUGGGUAACAGAGGGGGAAAAGAAUUUUUUUUUCCAUGUAGGAAAAAUUAAAACUUCAGUUAAUGUUAGAAAUCUUAUUUGAGUCACUGCUGUUUGGCUCUUAAAUUUCCUUUUUCCCCUCUUAGGAAGGACUUUUAAAAAAACUUUACAUUCCAAUAGGGGACACGUUAAUGAAUAAAGGGACAUAUAUAUAUAGUGAACAUUGUGAACAUCAGAUGUUGAUCAUGCAUCAAAAAAAAUUGCUGGUACGGGUAAUAGUGGGGAAAGAAGAGGUAGCAAACCUGAAGAAAAUAAAUACCCAAGUCUAUCUUGUAAGUUCAAUGUGAACAAGUUAGACAAGGCUUCUUUUCCCAAAGAAUAGAAUAGAAUUUUAUUGGCCAAGUGUGAUUGGACACACAAGGAAUUUGUCUUGGUGCAUAUGCUCUCAGUGUACAUAAAAGAAAAGAUACGUUCAUCAAGGUACAACAUUUACAACACAAUUGAUGAUCAAUAUAUCAAUAUAAAUCAUAGCGUUGGGCUAUUCCAGGGGUGUCAAACUUGAUUACAUUGAGGGCUGCAUCAGGGAUGUUUUUGACUUUGGGGGGCCGGAAUGGCCAUGGCCAGCUCGACAUCACUCCUGUUGGGGGCAUCUGUGGUGUCCCAAGCGCUCUGCCAGCAAAAACAGGCUCCCGAGCUCCAUUUUGGGCUGCCACUGCCUCCUGCAACCCUUUGCUAGUGAGAACUGUGCUCGGGAGCUCUGAGCUGUUUUCACUGGCAGAGGGUUGCAGGAGGUCCUGGCAGCCAAAAAAUGGAGCUCGGGAGCCCGUUUUUGCCGGCAGAAGCACUGCGGGCCAGUCCAUUGUUUCCAGGAUGGCCCCGUGGGCCAGAUCUAAGUCUCCCCCCCCCCCAGGCUGGAUCCCGCCCCCAGGCCUUGAGUUUGACACCCUUGGGCUAUUCUGAUCUUCCCCAUGAAAAUGGGGAUGAAAAAAAGAAGAAGUUGGGAUGGCAAUAAUGUAGCAAGUAGCUUGUUCCUUUCUUUCUUGGUAUCACUUGUGUAAUGAAGUUCCCGCUGCCACCGUAUUUUGAUUCAAAAAUUGGUAUUUUCCAUGACUGUGAUUUGAAUUUUGGUGAAGCGAAACCUUCUCCAUAGUGAUGCUGCUUUGUGACUGAUAAGACUGCUGCUGCUGCACUAAGCUAUGGAGGAUUUGUUAUUCUGCCAGAAAAUUAAUAUAGCAAUGUAUGCUUGUCUGAACAGUGGGAAAGUUAAUUUUGACUGUGAGAAACUGUGUUUCAACAGGUCUCACUAGCACAGAGUCCUGCUUUAUAAUUUUAUAAUAAAAUGGAAAUGUGUUAUUAAAUUAUGCUCCUCUUUUCUUUUUAAACAAAGAAUGUUUCAGGUGUAAUAUGAGUUACUUGAUAUUUGGCAAAAUAUUGUUUAGACUAAUAAUGAAAACUGGAAACCUAUCCUUUUGUUUGAUCAUGUCUUGAUGGCAAGAGCCCGUUGUUUCUGCAGUGUACAUGAAACUCCCAAGGAGCAUCCUUCCUCUAUUAGCAAAGAGCAGUUUAAAAUUUCCUUUGGCCAUUUUUCCUGCAGGUUGGUUAUUGUAAAACCUCACUCUUGUGGCCCUCUGUUGAAAAACUAAAGCUUGUUUUGAGUUUCAUUAUAUCUGACAGAAUGCUCAAAAUGCUAUGGAAUGAAAUGCUCCAUUUUGUUCUAAAUUUUGGGGGGGGGGGGAAAUCAUCAGUGUUUGAUUUUCAGUUCAGAAAAUUUCACAACUCCUGCAAAACAUUUUCAUUUUAAUUCAGUAUGUAGGACUGGUGAAUGUGAACUUCCAUGAAACUUCCAUGACACAUGGGCUUCCAUUCAUUGAUUUUUGUGGUACUCAUGGGAGUUCCGGAAAACAAACCCCCAUUGGAAGAUUGGUAUCGUAUCUGCCUUUAGUCUUCGCCUCUUUAGGUUGAACAUGCCCAGGUCCUGCAAACAUUCUUCAUAGGAUUUAGCCUCCAGACCAUUAUCUCAGUUGCUUUUCUCUGCGUCCUUCUUGGAUCAUGACAGAACUCACUGCAGUAUUUCACGUGUGGUCUCACCAAUGCAGCAUCGAAUACAGCACUCAUCUUCAGUGAUUUUGACACUGUACCUCUGAGGAUGCAGCCCAAGUUUGCACUGGUGCUUUCGGUAGCAAAACACACACUGCUGUUGGCUCAUGUUUAACCUGUUGUCUACCACAGGGGUCUCCAGCCUUGGCAACUUUAAAGAUUUGUGGACUUCAACUCCCAGAAUUAGCCAGCUGCAAAGCCAGCAAAGGUUGCAAAGUUUGGAGACCCUUGGUUUACCAGGACUCUGGGAUCCUUCUCACAAGUACUACUGCUGAACCAGGUACCAGCUAUAUUGUACCUAAGCACAUUUUCCCUAAGUGUAGAACCAAAAACAGAUAGCCCUCACUUAACCAUUUGUUCAGUGACCAUUUGAAGUUAUGAUUGUGCCAAACAAAUUACCAUUCAAAGGUCCAACUUGUCCUUCAAAUUAGGACUAGUACAGUGUCUCUGGAAUGACCAAAAUUCAGCCUCUUGGCAGCCCAGCUGCACUUAUGAUGGCAACAUAGGCUUUAACUCCUUUUGGGUGUCCUGCACUCUGCUACCCCCCACAAGGUGUCACAAAAGGGCCAGCAGCUGUCUCUGCCAAGCGUGCCACAUUAGCAGGAGGAGGGAGAAGACAGUGAAGGUCAGCUGGGAAUGGUGAGGACAGGUAGCAGCAGAGUGCAGAAUGGCCAAACGCAGAGAUGACAGAGAGAGGUGGGGAGUUGAAGGAGAGGUGAGCUUGGUAGGGCAGCAGAGACUCUAUCUGCAGAAUGAAGCUCACUGAACCCAGCUGGGGAAGAAGCGGCGGGAUGGAGCCUGCAGUUCACACAUGGCAAGAGAAGUGUGAGGUUCUUGCCUAACAAGCACAACUGGGACUGCCACAACUACCAUCGUUAAGUGGUGUAGACACAUGCUAUUUCACCCAACAACAGCUUUGCUCAGUGAUGGAAAUUCUGAUUAGGUUCAUUAACCAGGAUCAAUCUUGGGGGUGUCAAACUUGUGGUGUCACGUUAUGUGUCGUAUCACAACUUUUUUCCUUUGCUAAACCGGGGGUGGGCGUGGCCAGCACAUGAUGCAUCCGGCCCACGAGUUUGGCACCCCUGGUUGGUCUAUAGAUCUUGGCAUUGAACUGCAGUUCGCUGGAUAGGGUCCUAUGUUCAAGUCUAUCCGUAUCCUUAUGAAUCUUGAAGCUGUCUUGAGAUUUAGAAAUCUCCACCAGCUUUGUGUCACCUAAAAUUUGAUAAGCAUCCCUUCUGUCAUUUUAUCUAAGUCAGGGGUGUCCAAACGUCCACAAGUCUUAAAGUUGCCAAGUUUGGACACCCUUGAUCUAAGUCAUUUAUGGAAAUACUGAGCAUUAGACCCAGGACAGAAUCUUGAGGUACCCCACUGGAUACCACAUUCCAGAUUGUCAUAGUACUGUUAAAGAUCAUAUAGCAGGUAUGGUCGUUCUACCCUGAAAAUGAGACCAUCCAUCCAUUAAAACAUUCUAUCCAAAAUAAGCAGCUUUUCACUUCAAACAAAACAUAAUAGAUAAAUGCAUGCUAGUAACUUCUCUAAAAACUCCCAGACACAAGGAUAAAAUAAAAUGUCAAGUAGUGAAGGGCUGAGAAAUAGAAACGAAAUAGAAACACAUGGUUAUGUAGUGCCAAAUUGAUCUUUAAAAAGUUAUAUACAAAAUUUUUGCACAUUAUGAUUUAUGGCACACGAUAUGCGGAGUCCUUAGUUUCUCUAAGCUUGAUUGUUUUCUUGCAGAUGUUUCAUUAACCAACUAGAUAACAUCAGUGCUAUUACUGAGUGAAAAUUAGGAAAAGGAGCCUCCAGAUAAGGUUUAUCUUCCUAUUCAUUAAAAAAACC